AUGAAUCCUAGCCUUCUUCUAUUUCUCUCCCUUAUUGGGAUUACUGUAUCCAUUAUUGUUGGUGGAGGUGGCGGUGGUAGAGGUCACUUUGACGAUGACAGUAGACACUAUAGUGGCGGUAGGGAUAGUAGUGACAGUAGUGACAGUCACGAGCACCAUCCACAUCCCCAUAGACCACCACGCCCCCAUAAACCACACCCACCUAGAGAGUUAACUAAAUGUCCGGAUAACUGGAUUUUAUUCAAAAGACCUCAAGGGAAUUGGUGUGUUAAUGUUUUCACAAACGUUCAAACCUGGCAAAGUGCUGAGGACAUUUGUAAGGUCUACGGUGCAGUGUUGACUGGUUUACAAACAAAUGAGGAAAGGUUGAAGCUGGCUGAAAAAGCCCGUCUUAUCACCGCUCCACUAACCGACCACUCUUACAUGUGGUUAGGAGCCAAAAGGAAACCGGAGUGCCCGAGAUUAGGAGUCUGUCCGAAACCAGAUACAUUCUAUUGGACAGAUGGGGCAACAACGGGAACUGAAGGUUUCGGAUGGGUAUCUACACAACCUGAUGGGCAGGUCUAUGGAGCAUAUGGAGUACAAGCAUGCGCUGCUAUGCUUGUUUUCACGAGUGGUUACAAUACCGGAGGUACGAAUCAAAAUAUUCAUGGACAACUGGACGAUGCGUAUUGUCAAAUCCAACCAAAACCUGUCACACUUGCGGCUUGUGGGAAGAAGGCGACGUAA